AUGGAUUCCGACGACGACUCUGUCUUCCAAAUUGAAGAUGACUCUGACGGAUAUGUCCCCGAGCCCAAAGCCAAGGCUGCAGCCACAAAGCCGGCCGUCAAGAAAAUGGUGCAGACAACCAUAAAAACCAAAGCGCCGCCGAAGAAACGGCCGAUCAUUGACCUUGAGAGCGAUGAAGACGACGAAGAUGUGGAAGCGUCGUCCGGCUUUUCAAACACUCCACCUACUGCUAAGAAGCAGAAGACGGCGCCUCCGCCCAAGAAGUCGGGCACCAAGCCUCUGGUAGAGGUUGAAAAUGACAGCAUGGCAAUUGACGACGACUCCAAGCCUGCCGCCAAGAAGAAGACGGCGACGGAGACCUACCAAAAGCUGACCCAGCUCGAACACAUCAUCAAACGUCCCGAUACAUAUAUUGGCUCUGUGGAAAAGACAGACCAGCAGAUGUGGGUCUACAACAAAGAAUCAAAGCAGAUGGAAUACCGCAACAUCACCUUCGUCCCGGGUUUCUACAAGAUCUUUGAUGAAAUUCUGGUCAACGCUGCCGACAACAAACAGCGUGACAGCUCCAUGACCAUGAUGAAAGUCACCAUUGAUCGAGCCACUGGCGAGAUUAGCGUUGAGAAUAACGGCAAGGGUAUUCCCAUUGUCAUGCAUGAGAAAGAGAAAGUAUACAUUCCUGAGCUGAUCUUUGGUCACCUGUUGGCUGGAUCCAACUUCGACGAUAACGAGAAGAAGACGGUUGGUGGCCGAAAUGGUUACGGUGCAAAGCUGUGUAACGUUUUCAGCACAGAAUUCACAUUGGAGUGCCAGGACAGCGAGCAUGGAAAACGAUACAAGCAGACGUGGACAGACAACAUGCAGACCAUGCAAAAGGCCAAGAUCACUUCCAGCAAAACCUUUGAUUUUGUUCGGGUCACCUUCAAGCCUGAUUACACUCGAUUUGGAAUGGAGGAAGGCAUUUCAGACGACCUUGAGGCUCUGCUCUACCGAAGAGUCUACGACAUGGCCGGCACAAUGCGAGGUGUCAAGGUCCAGCUCAAUGGCGAGCUGAUCAAGAUCAAGGACUUCAAAGCAUACUGCGACCUCUACGCAAAGUCUAUUGCUGGUGAGAGGAGCCAGGAAGAAGGUGGUACUCCGACUUGUACCGUUGAGAUCGACAAAGACAAGAGCCAUCCCCGGUGGGAAGUUGGCUUCACCGUAUCAGAUGGUACAUUCCAGCAGGUCUCAUUCGUAAACUCGAUUGCAACAACGUCAGGAGGUACUCACGUCAACUACAUAGCCGACCAAAUCACAGCACAUCUCCUCAAGGCCGUGACAAAGCUGAGAAAAGGACACGGCUUGAAGCCGGCGCAUCUCCGAAACCACAUCUUCAUCUUUGUCAACUGUUUGGUUGAUAACCCUGCAUUUACUUCGCAGACCAAGGAGCAGAUGACUACCAAGACUUCUCAAUUCGGUAGCAAGUGUGUUCUGGGAGAUGACUUUUUGAAAAAGGUUGCCAAAUCCGACGCAAUUCAAAACAUCAUGGCCUUUGCCGAGAAGAAGGCAGACAAGAUGAUGGCCAAGAGCGAUGGAAACAAGCGCUCUCGAGUGAGCAAUGCUAAACUUGUGGAAGCCAACUUGGCGGGAACCAGGCGUGGCCAUGAGUGCACGCUAAUCUUGACUGAAGGUGACUCUGCCAAGGGUCUGGCUGUUUCUGGACGAGCCAUUCUUGAUCCCGACCGUAUCGGUGUUUUCCCACUUCGUGGUAAAUUGCUAAAUGUUCGAGACGCUUCCAUUGACCAAAUCACCAAGAAUCAAGAGAUUCAGAACAUCAAGCAGUUUCUGGGCCUUAAGCACAAGCAGACGUACACUGAUACGAAGAACUUGCGUUACGGUCACCUCAUGAUCAUGGCCGAUCAGGAUCACGACGGUAGUCACAUCAAGGGGCUUCUCAUCAACUUCCUCCAGGUGCAGUUCCCCUCACUGCUCCAGAUUCCAGACUUUUUCCGAGAAUUCAUCACACCCAUCGUCAAAGUCUGGCAAGGUCCCAACCCCAAGAAACCCCAAAGAUUGAAGUCGUUUUUUACACAGCCGCAAUAUGAGGAAUGGAAACAAGAACGCGGUGGCGAAGUCAGCAGAUGGCAUUACAAAUACUUGAAGGGUCUGGGUACCUCCACCAAUGAAGAUGCCCAAGUGUACUUUACGAACCUGGACGAACACUUGAAAGAAUUCAGUGUUAUGAAGCCAGAGGAGGCGGAUCUAUUCGACUUGGCCUUUUCCAAGAAGAAAGCUGAUGCCAGAAAGGAGUGGCUAGGCGGCUUUGUCCCUGGUACAUACCUGGACCAUUCUUCAAAGCUUAUCACCUACAGUGACUUUGUGAACAAGGAGCUCAUUCUGUUCAGUAUGGCGGAUAACAUAAGAUCCAUCCCGUCAAUGAUUGAUGGAUUGAAGCCUGGUCAACGAAAGGUGCUGUACGCUUGUUUCAAGAGAAACGUGGUCAAGGAUGAGAAGGUUGUGGAGCUGGCUGGUUACGUCUCUGGACUGACCGCCUACCACCACGGCGAUGUCUCGCUGCAGCAGACGAUUGUUGGAUUGGCUCAAGACUUUGUGGGCUCAAACAAUAUCAACGUCCUCGAGCCCAGUGGUAACUUUGGUUCUCGACUUGCUGGCGGUUCAGACUCUGCUAGUCCUCGUUAUAUCUUUACACGACUGUCUCCGUUUGCUCGGGCAAUCUUUUCUUCUCUCGAUGAGCCAAGUCUAAACCACCAAUUUGAGGAUGGAAAACAGAUUGAGCCAGAAGUAUUUGCUCCAGUCCUGCCCAUGGUGCUUGUCAAUGGUGCAGACGGUAUUGGCACAGGUUGGAGCACCUCCAUCCCCAACUAUCAUCCGCUAGAAAUCGUAAAGAAUCUGAAACGACGAAUGGGCCGUCUUGAGGAAGAUGAUACUGAGGAGAAACCCUUUGAGACAAUGACUCCCUGGUUCAGGGGCUGGAAAGGUGCGCCAGAGGCUGCCGGCCAGGAUCGAUACAAGUUCAACGGUAUUGCCUACCAAGAUGAAAAGAAUCCAAACGAAGUGGUCAUCACUGAGCUUCCAAUUCGCGUAUGGACUGAUGAUUUCAAGGCUCGCCUUGAAAAGAUUAUCAGCGGCGUCGAUGGCCCUACCUGGAUCAAGGACUACAAGGAGUUCAACGACCACAAGACUGUUCACUUUGAGAUUCAAGUGGAUGAGAAGCACAUGGCUAAAGUUUUGGAAGAAGGCCUGCUUGAGCGAUUCAAGCUCACCAAACAAGUUGCAACUUCAAAUUUGGUCGCUUUCAAUACCCGUGGCCAGAUUCGCAAAUAUGAAAAGGUGGAAGAUAUUUUGGAAGAGUAUUACGUCUAUCGACUCGAAAUGUAUCAGAAGCGAAAGGACCACUGGCUUGGCGUCUAUGAUGCCGACCACCGGAAACUGAAGAACCAGGCGCGCUUUAUCCAAGAGAUUAUCGACAGCGACUUGAUCGUUGGCAAGAAGAAGAAGACUGUCCUUGUUAAAGAGCUGCGUGACCGCAAAUACGAGGCAUUCCCUCCUGUCAAGAACAAUAUGAAGAAAUCGACUGAAGAAGAAGAGGAAGAGGAAGAAGAUGGCGAGGAAAGCGCUCGUGAUUACGAUUAUCUUCUCUCGAUGCCAAUUUGGUCGUUGACUGCAGAACGUCUUGAGAAGCUCAAGGAAGCCAUCCGGAAGAAGAAGGCUGAAUAUGAUGACCUCAAUGCCAAGAGCGACAAAGAUCUGUGGUGUGAAGAUCUGGCUGCUUUUGAGGCUGAGUGGGAGAGGCAUCUGGCUCUCAGUGCAGAAAUCCAGACCAAUAUUCGCCGCAUGGGCCGCCGAGUAUCUAAGAAGAUAGGAGCUGGUGCUGGUGGCCGCGGCAAGAAGGCGAAGGGAGCAGACGAUGAUUAUGAGCCAGAGAAGAAGGGUCGAAAGAAGGCAGCUCCCAAGGUAGAGACCAAGACGGCACAGAGAUUUGCUGAGAUGUUCAGUGCCAAGCCCAAGGUCAAGAAAGAGGAGCAGCCGGAGGCAGUUGAGCUCUCUGAUAACUUUUCUGAUGAUGAUUUUGCUGCCCUUAGCAGAAGCAAACCAGCGGCAAGCAAACCAGCGGCAGCCAAGCCAGCUGCGGUCAAGCCAGUUGCGACCAAGCCAGCUGCGACCAAACCAGCUGCGGCUAAACCAUCACAGUCGCGAUCAGCUUCCGAGGCGCGAUCAAUUUCAGUGCCACGAUCUAUUUCACAAGCCCCAUCGAUUUCACAAUCUGAAGAGCCAGAGGUGGUGCCGGUUCCUGUCCGCAACAAGCGAGCAGCAGCCUCCAAAGCCAAAACCUUGUUCGAUGCGUCCUCAGAUAGCGACGAGGACGACGAUAAGAUGCUUGGCGAUGUCGGAGCGCUGGUCAAGGGCAUUGGCAGCAAGCCGUCUGGAGAAUCCGGCGCGCGAGUUAGUCUGCACGCAAUGAGCCGGCCUGACUCGAGCCACGGCAAUACAGGCUCCGGAGCAGUCUCAAAGCCAAAACUAAAGUCAGCCAAGCUAUUUGACUUUGACACCGAUGAUGAGACCAAUUACGAAUUGUUGGCCAAGCCGUCGCCACUAAAGGCUGGGAGCCAAGGACCGGGCGACGACGACGAGGACGACUUGGCCGCUCCCAAAUCGAAGCCUGCAGUGAAAGCGUCAGCAGUGGAUGCCAAGAAACGCGGCCGGCCAGCAGCGGCAAAGAAUAAGGAUGAGGGCAAAGCAGUGAGCAAGCACAAGGUACAACUCAAGGCUGCAACCACAACCUCGACUCUUUCUCCAGCCGCAAAGAGAUAUGCUGCCAAGAAGAAGGCGCUGAACGAUUCAGAUGAUGACAUGGAAGAUUCGUUUGCAGAUGAAUCAGUCGCUCCGAGGCCAGCGGCACGGGCAAGACCUGGACGGGCUGCGGCUGCAAACAGAAAGGUUGUCAUCGACGAUGAAGACUCAUCCAUGAGCGUUGACGAGCAGGACGAGGACGAGGACGAGGAAGAGGAAGAAGAGGAGAGUGACGACCCUUUCAUGGUGGAGGAUGAUGAUUGA